AUGUCGAUGCCCAGUCCUUCUAUCCUCUUAUAUCAGGGUUUGAGAUGUACCAAAGUACCUAGAAGUUCAAUUGCGGCAGCAUCAUCGCCCGCCGUCGCGGCAGAACCUACACCAUUCCUGUCAGUCUCAGUACAAGUCACAGAACCAGUGACGACGGCACCACCAUCCAGUACGGAAACCGCUGGUGCAGUGUCGCUAUCGUCCCUUCUCGUCGUCGCUCCUUCAGAUGCCCAACCAGCCACCUUCCCAACCACUUCCUCUCUCUCGGAAUCUCCACCAGAUCCCGAGAGCAACACGGACAUACACAGAUCCAUUCCAUCUCUUAUCUCUCAUAAUCAGACUUCUGGUUUCUCGACUGAUCCGUCGAGCUCCGAAGCCCUGACGACUUCUACGGCAGAGACGAGUUUUAUGGUCGAGACACCCACAACAAAAACAAUCACCGCAGCAUUUCCUUCCGCGACGAACCCUUUGCAGGAUUUUCCAGGUCGCGGAUCUGACGACGUGGGCAACCGUCAUACGCUUCGUACGAUUUUGGGCAGCGUCUUCGGUGCCGUGGGCUUUAUCGCCCUCAUACUCCUCAUAUGCUUUCUGAUUUGUCGUUAUAGACGGCGAAAGCCGCGCGACAGUCGAAGUUUCGGCGGGAGCGAGAAGCUGCUGCGCAAUGGUCGGCACUCCGCAGACUCCUGGGCAAGCUCCCAGCAUGCCUUUUUAUCCAGGGCUUCGUCACCUUCGGACGCUUCUUCUGCUCCGGACCAUCAUGUACCGGGACCGAACAUGGGUUCCACCUAUGCUCAUGCCAGAAAGGGGUCAUCUCAUCUGUCGGAGCCCAUUUCAAAACCAUCAGACGUAUCUCCUGACUUGCCACCACGCAUACGCGACGCUAUUGGUGGAACACAAGUGCACUCGAUACCAAGCGACCAACCUCUUUGUCCCGAGGCUUCAACCCUCGCAGCGCUGCAUCCGUCAACGUACGACAAACCAAUCUCAUUCGGCUUCCAAAUAAACCAGGACCAGCAGUCUAUUUACAGUAGUGAGCGCAGCCUAGGAAGUACCAUUAUCCUCCCAGGACGAAGUAGCUUUGGCAGCAGCGUACAAAGAGCGAGCUAUCCGAUAUCCAUCUCAGAUCUCGGGCCACCUGGACCCAAUGAAUCCGUGACAAGAGUCAGUACCCGAAGCGACCCGUUUGACCUGGAAGUCCCUCCGAACGCGAUGCACGGGCGCAGCUCGGGCGCACUUCCCAGGGGCUGA